CGGCACACUCUAACUGAACUCCAGUUAGGACUUCACAGGAGCUGAAAGAGACAGAGCUGAUACAAAAUGAGAGGACUUGUUGUCUUGGUAACUUUGGCCUGCUUUGCCACAGCUCAGCACCAAGCACUGAUUGACUACUUGGAGCGAAGGCUGCUUGCUAUUGAGGAUAGGAUCUCUCUGUGGCACGAACAGACCACCCGCUAUGCCUCAGAGCUGCGGGAGCUAAAGCAGCAGAUGGUUUCCCAGCUGGAGAACCUGGACAAAGAAAAAGAGGCCCUGAGAAUGAAUAUAGACAGCGUGGGGACCAGGGUGGACCGGGUCGAACGGGAAUUAGACUACCUGGAGACGCAGAACGGGGCUCAGCCAUGUGUGGAUGUGGAUGACAAGCUAAUAGAGCAGCAGGUGACUGUGGUGAAGGAGAAGCAGAAGGACAAAUAUUUCCAAAUCUCAGACUGCAGCGACAUGAUCUCCAGCAUAAAAGCCAUGAAGAUCUUGAAGAGAGUUGGAGGGCAAAAGGGCACCUGGACUAAAGACACUGGCAGUGCCUCUGGGAAGGUCUACAUUUUUAAUGGGACAGAAGAUAACAUCAUCCACUCAUUUGCCUCUGUACAAGACUUCACCCGCUCACUGGGCAUGUCUCUGUCCAAUAUGCUGAUGCUGCCGUCUGCCUGGACGGGAAUGGGCCAUGUGGUCUACAACAGCUACGUGUAUUACAUUUAUCAGUCUGACGAGAUAAAGGUGGUUAAACACGACCUGCAGACUGACUCUCUGACUGACAGUGUGGUGUUUCCGGUGCAGGACCACAUCCCUGUGUACAGUCUGACCCCGGAGACAGUGAUAGACCUGGCCGUGGACGAGGAAGGCCUGUGGGCCAUUUACGCCACACGGGAGAACGAGAGAUACAUCUCUCUGGCUAAAAUGGACACCAGCUCGCUGGAUAUUGAGCAGAUGUGGGACACAAAUUGUCCCAGAGAGAAUGCAGAAGCAGCCUUUGUCAUCUGUGGCACUCUAUAUGUGGCGUACAACACCAAGCAGCCUGGCCGCUCACGAGUACAGUGUGUGUUUGAUGUCAAUGACAUGGUGACCAAUGAAGAUGCACCGCUGGUUUACUUUCCAAAGCGAUAUGGAGCUCAUUCCAGUCUCAAGUACAAUCCAAAUGAAAAGCUGCUCUAUGCCUGGGAUGAUGGCUACCAGAUUCUGUACAAGCUUACCAUGAAAAAGAAACUAGAGAUUUGAGCUACUCUGAACAGCUCUAUAGCAACAUUCUGAAAGAUUUUAGCUCCUUCACUAUAGAUGAGGUCUUACAAUUAACAGUUUUGUAGAAUUUAAGAUCUUUUCUCACCUUUCAGGCAGUUUCAGAACAGCAUAAAUAUAAAAUCAUGGACUCUAACAUUGUACAUCAGUUCCUAUAAAUGAAGCAGCAAAUGCUUCAGUAUAACAAAAAGGCUGCAUCAGUGAUUGUCAAAGUGUGGGCCAUUGCACCCUGGUGGGCAGUUAAGGUACUGCAGGUGGGCCGCAAGAUGAUAGUAAAGAUAAAAAAAAAAAGAACAAGAAAAGAAAAAUAAAUCAGAAUAUAUGAAAAGAAGGAAAUACUUCUUCUCAACAUAUUUCUCACUUUAAUCUUUAUUGCUCACAAUACAUUGAUGGUGUUAAAAUAUUCAUUAAUGCAACCUUAAAAUAUGAUAUGUAUUAAGUGAGCUGAUCAGGAUGAAAUGACUGGUAAGGGCCUUUAAGUGUGAAAAAACUCAUACAUUUUCAGCAGUGAUUGAUGAUAAAUAUGCAUCAGCAUUUUUUGCACAUAUGAAGACCUAAUUUCCAAAAUGUUCAGACAUAUUUUGUGAUGUCUGAUGUCUCGUGGCUACCUAAAUCCCAUUCCUAAACAGACUGCACUGCACUUGCAUGUUUACAAUCGUUUCUCCAUCUGCUGUUCUCCAUCUGUUGAGUGGACUGGAAACGAGUUACUGUACUUACACGUGAGCUCAUCUGCUGUCUAGGUUUCUGCCAGUGGGUCACAGUUUUAAGGCAAAUAUUCAAGACAUACUUUUAAAUGAGCACAAAAACUCUGCUAAAUCUGUCCCUUUUAUACUUCACAUGUCAUUUAAAUAAAGUGGGACAACAUAAGUCUUUAUAACCUUGCUUCUCAAAUAAAUCCAAUUUCUUGAACCUUACUUGAAACUUAAUAUAACAGUUAUGUGUAGCAUCCAUAGUAAUUUAGGAUAUACUAGUAAAUAUAUAACAUUCAUUACACCCUAGAAAAUGUAAUCUUUUGUAGCUUUGUUAAUUUAAUUUUUUAGUGUGCAAAUUUAUAUCCUAGAUAUUAACAUAAAACACAACCACUGUGUUAGGUAAGCUGCAAAAUGUAACUCAGACAUUAGAAAACUGCUAGCUGGCUAGCACUCAUAUAUUUUUUCCUGUAUGCAUCAUCUGUACUCGUCCUACAAGUUGAGUGCAUAUGUAUUUUCCUGAAUACCACCACCAAAAAAAUGAGCGAACAGAACCACUGUUUGGAUUAUUCCUCUUUAUUAAUUUAUAUGUGAGUAUUACAUUCUUACUGCUGUUUCUUAUCUGAUCACUUUUUCUAGUAACUGUUCAUUAUAAAAAUAAACGGCAGACUACACCUGUUAAACACAAGCAGCCUGUGUUUUCUGUGUACUGUAUGUAUCAUAUUCAAGCACCGGAUACUCUGUGGUCAUAAAGGGAUGGACAUGUCAGUAACAAUACUCAGGUAGGCUGCGGUGUUUAAACUAUGCUUCUAUGUAUGCAAUGCCUAAGGGAAGCAUGUAUAAUGUAAAUUAAAUUGGUCCUAGCACAGAACCCUGUGGAAAUCCAUAAUUAAACUUAGUGUGUGAAGAAGUCUCCCCAUUUACAUGAACAAAUUGGAGUCUAUUAGAUAGUUAUGAUUCAAACCACUGCAUUGCAGUACCUUUAAUACCUAUGGCAUGUUCUAAUCUCUGUAAUAAAAUGUAAUGGUCAACAGUAGUGAAUACCGCACUGAGGUCUAACAGGACAAGCACAGAGA